AUGUAAAAACGGAUAAAUUAAAUAAAAACGAAAACUAAACAAAAAAAACUAUAGAUGUCUAGAGGUUAAAUAAUAAAAUAUGAGGUAGAUAUGUACGAAAGCAAAUCGAAAAGAAAAAACGAUAAACGCAAACAAAAUCAACAAUCUCCAAUAGCAGAUUAUGAAAAUGAUAAAAAAAAGGUUGGCAGGUGGACACCUGAAGAGGAUGAGAAGCUUUAAAAAUUGAUUGAAGGUUUUCUAUUGAAUUUUAUUUGUAGAAUAUGGAGAAAAGAGUUGGCGAAUCAUUAGUGAUAUGAUGGAAGGUCGAAGUGCCAUACAGUGUUUGCACAGAUGGACUAAAAUACUUAAACCAGGACUGAAGAAAGGUAUAUUUACUGUGUUUAUAGUUUAGGACCUUGGUAAGAUGAUGAGGAUGAGAAGCUAUUAGAAUGGGUCAAGAAUAAUGGGCCUUGUAAAUGGUCUUUGUGUGCUGAAAAUAUUGCAGGAAGGUCAGGAAAACAGUGUAGAGAACGAUGGUUCAAUAAUCUCAAUCCAAAUGUUAAAAAAGGAGGCUGGACAUCUGGUUUUUAUCUAAUCACUAUUCGUAGAGGAGGAUCAUGAAAUAUUUAAAGGAUAUCUAUAGUACUCAUCAUCUUGGUCAAAAAUUGCUAAGAACUUAUUAGGUAGAACUGAAAAUUCGGUUAAGAAUAGGUUUUAUUCCACUGUGAGAAAAUUAUUGGCUGAUUAAGAAAAAAAUGGGAUAUCACUUAAAGUAAAUCCAUUUUAUUAAUUUUAGAUGCUUGAGGCACAAGGAGAAAAUGGCACUUCUGCUUUAUAGACCUUUGUAAAAGAGCAUCUAUAAAAAUAUGAAUAACAAAUGUAAAUGUAAGUGGAAUAAGAAGAACCAGAAUCAGAUAAAUCAAUGUAAGAUGAAAAAGUAGAAGAAUCUGAAAUGAAAUCUGAAGAUGAUGAUGAUAGUAAAUCAAGAAAGAAAAUGCAAGCAGAAACAUAUUAAGAAUAGAAUCUACUUUAUAGAUUACUUAAAUAAUAAGGAGGGCCAAUAAAAAGAACAUCAUGUAUGAAAGAUUAUUCAACAAUAUAUAAAAAAUAUAAAAAAAGGUAUAAUCAAAAAAAGAAAGAUAAAAAAUUAUCAGAUAAAGUAGAGAAUCUUAGAAAGAUGAUACUUAAAAAAGAAGAUUAUAAAAAUUCAUCUGAAGAAAAAGAAUUAGAUUUUUAAUAAAAUCUUGAAUAAUAAUUAGCUAAUUUUUCUUAAUAAAAAAUGGAUGCUUAAUCUUAAAAUGGUGAUUCUGAUAAAAUGAAUGAAUUUUAAGAAAAAUUAUUGGCAUUUUUCAAUCAACAAUUAAAUGAAGUAAUGAAAAAAUUUUAUGUUGAAAUGGGGGAUCCUAAAUAAUAAGCUAAAUGGCAAAUGAUACUUGCUUCUGAUGAUAAUAAAAUCUAAUAGUAGUAAUAAUAAUAAUAAUAACAAUAAUAACAACAAUAAUAAUAAUAAUAAUAAUAGUAAUAAUUAUAAGAAAGUAAAAAAAAAACUAAAAGAUAAAUGGCAAAGAGUGCAAAAGUCAAAGAAGAAGAAGUUGAAUAAAAUUAAAUGGUUAUGAAUACAUUUUUACAAAAAUUUAAUCAUCUUGGUUAAAUAGGAAUUACUCAAUUAGGGUACUAUUUUAAUAAUAAAUAUUUAGAGCUAAUGUAAAUGAAGGGAAAAAUGAAACUGAAAAUUAAAUGGUAUAGGAUGCUAAAAUUGAUUAAAAAAUGUUGUUCCUUAUUAGUUAGUUACACACUUUAGAGAAUAUGUUAGGAGAUACAAAAAAAGAAUUCAGCAGAUUAGAAGCUAGUCUUUAUGAAAAAAUCAAUAAUACUUCAUUUCACUCUAAUAAUUCGAGUGAAAAGAACUGA